CCGCGGCUCGGAAGGGGUGGGGAAGGCUGACCCUGGCGUCCCCUGGUCAGUAGCCCUUUUGUGUAAGUGCCUGGCAGGGGCGACUCCGGGGCUGCUCCGGGCUGCCCGCCGGGUCCUCCCCUUGGGCUCUGUCAGAGGAAGGGGACACCUCUCUGCAGGGGCUCUCUGUCCCCAGUCACAGUGCAGAUGGCAAGCGCAUGGAGCUCCCCUCCACCCAGCCUUCCCUCCCUCCUCCUCCUCCUCCUCCAGCUGUCCUUUAGCUAUGCAGGACAGUUCAGGGUCAUAGGACCCGGCCACCCCAUCCGGGCUCUGGUGGGGGAUGAAGCAGAGCUGCCGUGCCGCAUGCACCCGGGGAAGAACGCCACGGGCAUGGAGGUGGGGUGGUACCGGCCCCCCUUCUCCAGGGUGGUCCAUCUCUACCGCAACGGCCGGGAUCAGGACGUGGAGCAGGCCCCCGAGUACCGAGGGCGGACGGAGCUGCUGAAGGACAACAUGGGCGAGGGCAAGGUGACCCUCAGGAUCCGGAAGGUCAGGUUCUCAGAUGAAGGAGGCUUCACCUGCUUCUUCCGGGACCAUUCCUACCAGGAGGAGGCCGCGAUGGAGCUCAAAGUGGAGGAUCCCUUCUACUGGAUCAACCCCGGGGUGCUGGUCCUGAUGGCUGUCCUCCCCGUGCUCCUCCUGCAGAUCUCGCUGGGCCUCGUCUACCUCUGCCUGCAGCACAGACUGAGAGGAAAACUUCGGGCAGAGAUAGAGAAUCUCCACCGGACUUUCGACCCGCACUUCCUGAGGGUGCCCUGCUGGAAGAUCACCCUGUUCACGCUGGUGCCGGUGCUCGGACCCCUGCUUGCCCUGGUCAUCUGCUACAACUGGCUGCAUCGGAGACUGGCAGGUGCACAGGGCCACAAGGGUGACCAGAGCAAUGGGGCACCAGGUCAUCCCCGAACAGGGAAAGAGUGGGACCAGGGCUUAAGAUGCAGGGAACCGGAUUUUGUCGCCCCUGUGUCCCCAAGGCCAACCUCAGACUCCUCAGGGACUAUGUGGGGAGGGGGCCCAUCAUCUUCCACCGGUCACCCAUUUCUCUCUCUUUUUUCAGGGCAAUUUCUUGAAGAGCUAAGUAAGUUUUCUUCCUUUCUUCCUUUUGUAAGCUGAGAACCAAAGGCCAGGAAGGCAGAAAAAGGAAGUGGGGGCAGCUGAGCGACCCCAAGGGGGAGGCAGGGGCCUCUCCCACGCACUGCCCAAUUCCCACACUGUCCAGCAGCCACCUGGCACCUCACCUCCAAGACCAACCAUGGAGGAGAGAGGCUUCGCCAGGGCUUUCCCUGUCCUCGGGUUUAAUGGGUUGGUGAUCGUAACCACUGACAGAUUUUCAAGUCACUGUCUCCUCUUUCCAGGAAACCCCUUCUGAGCUGGACUGGCCCAUGGACCGGCCCUCAGGAUGCAGAUCCCCCAUGUUGAACACUCAUUGGCCUCCUCGCUGCAGGGACUUUCCAAUCUGCGUUUCCAGGAAUGCUCGGAGUUGCCAAUGGGAUUGUGUUUCCUUCUGUCGUGGCCUUUCUGUCCCCUCGUCUCUCCUGUCCUGUCUUCCGUCUGGAAGCCCCCUCUGGCCACAGCCAGGCGGGCGCUCCUCUCCCCGAUGAGGUCACCUGAGCUGGACAGCGACACAGGCAGCAGGCUCUCAGCCUCGGACUGUGACCAGGACCCCCCUGUUGCACAUUCCAGUGCUCUAACCUCGAAAAUGGUGGUUGUUUCUUCCAAGAUGCCAGUCCUGAGGGGCAGGGCAGAGAGGUGGAGGGCUGCGGGAAGGGGUAGGAAGGGUCCAAACCAUGAGAGCUGAGUGAGCGAGCUGCUGGAGACCCUGGGGAGCCCGGACGUGGCCCGCAGCCCCCUUCCCUCCCGUCCAUCAGAGCCUCCACUGUUUUCUGCAACAAUUACUACUUGAUGGUCUGUCAGACACAAAGAAACAAGCAGGUGCUAAGUAAUGAUAAUACAGGUUUCCGUGAACCACUGCUCA